AUGAUAUUCGGAUAAGGAGACAAACUUCACUCAUCAACAGUUUUGCAAAGUACUCCAGGUUAGUAUUGCUAUGCAAAUCAAGGCUAAUAGUAUCCUUCUUAUGACUUAGAUCCUAUUGAAGUUACGAUAGGAGAUACUGUUGAAUACUAAUUAACACUUAGCAAAAUAAAGCAGUGCUAAGGUCAAGUUACAUCAAUUACCUCUAUUUAUGAUGAAUUUGGCUUGGCAUCUAGAACAUAACCUAAUACUUACAUAACGAUAAAUAACUCAUUAUCACGGCUUGUUCACCUGCAUCUCCCUCUUAAUUAUGUAAUUCAAACAUAGCUCUUCCAUUAAUAGUUUGGCCAAAGUAAAUUGUCAAAGCUCCAAUGA